CUCAUUUCCUCAUCGCGUUUUGCACCGAACAUUUUACGAACAACUUUGUUUUCGAAAACCCUCCAUUUGUUUUCGUCCCUUAACGUAAACGACCACGAUUCGUUACCAUAAAAGAUUAUUGGCAGGAUUAUUGUCCUGUAUAUCCUGAUUUUUAAUCACCUAGACAACAAUCGCGAGCUGAGUAAUUUGUUAACCGAAUAAAAACAUGAGUUGUCCUAUAUUGAGUUAUUUUCUUAAAGUUCUUUGUUAAUUUUGUUCGUCUGGUUUAUAAUCGAUCCUAAAUAUUUAAAGUUGCUGAUCCGGCUAAAAGUUUUAUCCCGGACGACCAAAGUUCCAGUAGUAGGCUUAUUCUGAACUCUAUCGGUUAUCAUAUAUUUGUUUAUUCAUAACAAAGCAAUAUCGUCCGCGUAUGUCAACAAUUGUGUUGUCCCGUUCAACUGUAGACCAUCUUUACUUUUCUGCAGUUCUCUUUGACAGCGAAUUCCAGUACUAAAUUGAACAAAAGGGAUGACAAUGCGUCCCCCUGUUAUUAUUAUGAUUAACCCUCCCGCCUCCUAAAUUAUUAUUAUAAUUAAAUGAAUUCAUUAUAAUUCUUGUUUUUAAUGUUCUUUUUUUCUUUCAUAGGAUUCUAACUUCGUUCAUAUGCCGGAUAAUAUUUUAGUCGAUUUAAGAUUUAAUAAAAUAGAAAGAAUUUGGUUAAAUGAUAUCGAAGAUUUGUCAGUGCAUUGUAAUGAAAGACGUUACGUUGAUAUUAGGAUUGAAAAAAAUCCAUUAAUAUGCAAUUGUUAUCUGUAUGAUCUUUUGCGUUAUUUAAAAGAUGAUUUGUCAUUUAAUGUUUAUAAUUUUGUUGAUAUAAAUCUGGAAUAUGUAAAAUGUAAAUAUCCUAAUGAAACGGAUUGUACAGAAAUUAAAGAGCUUGAUUUUAGAACUUAUGUAUGUCCAGAAGAAGAAUACUUUAACAUUAAAAAGUGUCCAAAUAGUUGUAACUGUAAUAUAAGACUUUAUGAUGGAACAAGAAUUUUAGAUUGUUCAGAUAGAUUAAAGAGUGAAUUUAAGAUUCAAAAGACUGAAAUCAAUUAUGCGGGAAAGAAUCCAUUAAUAGCAAAUUUCACUUACAACUUUUUAACAGAAAUACCAUCACUUGAAGCUUUACAAACAAUAAACGUAACAGAUUUAUUGUUAUCUCAUAAUUGGAUUACACACGUGAACGUUGAAAGAAUACCAGAAACUGUCACAAUACUACAUUUAGAUAAUAAUUAUAUAUACACUGUUGAUGGAAACCUAAUUAAUUUCUUGACACUUAAUCCUCUCAAAGAGUUUACUUUACAUGGGAAUUUAAUGGAGUGUGAUUGCUCUCUUGCACCUUUUUUGACAUUUGUUAAAUUACAACGACAUUAUUAUAAAGAUCUAAAUAAUGUAAAAUGUAAGGAAUCUCGUUUACAUGUAUAUAAACUAUCAAUGGAAUACAUAUGUCCAUUGACCCUAGAUUACUAAAAGAGAAAAAUUCAAUGAAACAAAAACAAACAUUAGGGUAGAAUUCUAAAGAGUUUAAUAUUACAAGUAUAAUGAUUUUUAUUAGAUUUUUUUUUUUAGAUGAUCAUGUUUAUAUCGUUUUAGAAAACAAUAUAAAACG